GGAUGCUCUGUCUUCCCUUCCCAGUAUGUUUUAGAAAGAGAGAGAGAGAUGAAGAAAGAAGAGAGUGUUACAGCAAGUGAAUAUGAAGAUGAAGAUGAUGAGUACAUAGACAUGGAGCUGAGCUCAUCCUCAGACAGCAGAGAAUUCGAGUUCCAAAUGACCGGCGCCGCCACCCUCACUCAAACAGCCGACCACCUCUUCCACAAAGGCAGACUCCUCCCCCUCUACCUCCUUCCAUUCACAGCCGCCGCCGAUAUCUCCCCAUCCGAAUCAUGCCGAGCGAGCUGCGACCUCAGCUCCGACGACUUCUUCUUCGAAUGGUCAAGCGACCUCAUCAACCACAGCCACCACCACCACCACCCCACCAAAACCUCGUGGCCCAAGAAGAUAAAAGCCUACCUCAAAUCACUCUUCCUCAAAUCCGCCAAGUCCCAAGAAAAAGAAAGAAACACCACUGCAAUCGAUGACGACACGGCGCAGCAGAGGAGGUCGUUUUCCAGCGCCAUCAAGCGGCAUUCGCCCGCAAAGUGUCUGUCGUCGUCUUCCUCGAAUUCAUCAUCAGCAUCCUCAUCUUUCUCGCUCAACUCCAACGAACUGCGGAGGAGCAGCAGCGCCACUGAAGCCGAGGGCUCCAUUGAAGCCGCCAUAGCUUAUUGCAAGAAAUCUCAACACAUUUCUUAACAUUGUGCCUAUAUAGUUUACACCAGGAUUUAUGAAUUUUACUGUACAUCUAUAUUUUGUGCGAUUAUUAUGGUUAUAUAAUAAAGUUUCUUAAUAAACUA